UUUGCCACGGAGCGUUUAUGCAAAUCAAGUGGGAUAUGAAUUUGUGAGUGAAUGCUAAAUGUGGGUGAAAACUUUGAAAUAUCACCGUGAAGAUUGACCACCUUCCCUUAACAUUUUUUCACUGGGCUGCUCAUGUUGGAGUCCAUGGUGUAUGUAGCGUUUCAUCUUCUUCAGUGAAUAUCUUCUCAUUCUACUUAUUUGGGAGGCAAGAAGAAGAAGAAGAAGAAGAGGAGCAAAAAAAACCAUCAAGUUGUGUAUGAAUGAAUGUUAAUGGUUUUCUGACACGACACCAGAUCCAUUCAUUGGGACCAGGCCAGAGUGUAGUAUUUUGGGUGGGAGAGAGAGAAAGAGAUUCAGUGUUGGUGUUAUUGUGUUGUUUACUGCAGCAAAUACUGCAGGGCAACACUGGGACUGAGGGUGAGCUCUCCUUGUGCACAGGUCCGGGAUCGACAGUGUUGUGUGCAUUUCACAGAGCGCCACGGGGUGGCAGCUGUCAGGGAGCAAUUAGUCAAAGUCAGGAGAGCCACGUGUUGAAAAUCAGUGGAGUGUACUUAGAAUGACGGGAUUUGAGAGUGAUUAAACAUGUGGCGAGACAUUAGUGCGACGGCUAUUCAGGCGCCCCUGGGCACCUAUCAGCAGUACCCAGCAUCUGGAGCGCCGGCAGCUGGGCCCGGAGUUAAUCGCUGGAACGUGCCUGGUCAGCGAUCGUCAUACUCGCUGCCCCAUCCGGCUCAUGCCAGCAGUAAUAUGCGGUGGCAGCACUUUGAUGGGCCAUCAUCACACACGCUGGCCCACUCGCCAUCCUUCCAGCACAUCCCCACGGCCCACGGGCCCAUGGCGGACGGGGGGCGCCAGAGCAAGGCCCGGCCGGCCUCCAUGUACGACACCCCUCAGUCACAGUCCAGCUACCUGCCGAGCUUCCUUCUGCCCGGCCUCACAAAGGCGAGCAAGGCUGCCAAAAAUUAUCAUCAUCAUCAUCAGCAGGUCGGAAUGCACCAUGGCCAGCAGCAUUUGCGUCAGGGACCCGGGGAAUUGAAAGUGGAUCCGGAACUGAUUUUCACAAAACAAGAGAGAAUCGGAAAGGGAUCCUUUGGGGAGGUGUUCAAAGGCAUUGAUAAUCGAACACAGCAGGUUGUCGCCAUAAAGAUAAUUGAUUUGGAGGAGGCCGAAGAUGAGAUCGAAGACAUCCAGCAGGAAAUUAUGGUGCUGUCGCAGUGCGACUCCCCAUUCGUCACUAAAUACUAUGGAUCCUAUCUCAAGGGCACGAAGCUAUGGAUCAUCAUGGAGUAUUUGGGCGGUGGUUCAGCCCUGGAUCUCAUGAAGGCGGGCUCCUUCGAGGAGAUGCACAUCGCCAUCAUUCUGCGUGAGGUGCUGAAGGGUCUGGACUAUCUGCACUCGGAGCGGAAGCUGCAUCGUGACAUCAAGGCGGCGAAUGUGCUGCUGAGCGAAAUGGGCGACGUGAAGCUGGCGGACUUUGGCGUGGCGGGUCAGCUGACAAACACCACGUCGAAGCGCAACACAUUCGUCGGCACGCCGUUCUGGAUGGCGCCAGAAGUGAUAAAACAAUCAAUGUACGACUCUAAAGCGGAUAUCUGGUCAUUAGGUAUAACGGCCAUUGAGCUAGCCAAGGGAGAGCCGCCCAAUUCGGAGCUGCAUCCAAUGAGGGUGCUCUUCCUCAUACCCAAGAACAAUCCACCGCAGCUUACAGGAAACUACACGAAGCCCUUCAAGGAGUUCGUCGAGGCGUGUCUCAAUAAGGAUCCGGAGAAUAGGCCGACUGCCAAGGAGUUACUUAAGUUUGCUUUUAUCAAGAAGGCCAAGAAGAAUUCUUACCUCAUUGACCUAAUUGACCGGUAUAAGAAGUGGAAGUCGCAGAAGGGCGAAGAGAGUGAGACGGAAUCGGAAAAUUCAGAUUCGGAGGAAUCAAAGCCAGACAGUGACUUAGAUGAACCCUGGAUUAUGACGGUGAAGGGACUGCAUAAUUACAAUAAUUUCAAGAGUCCGCCGCCAGCUCUAGUCGAGGACACUGUGUCAGUGCCGCUGAUCCACAAUGGAGCCAAUAAUUCGCCAUCUAGGGAUUCUAAUUUAAAUCUGUAUAAAUUAAAUCAAACACGGCCAUCGUCAGCAACCAGCCAGCAGCAGCAAGUUGGGGACAACCGGAAGGAGCGCGACAGGGGUGAAAUGCAAUUGACUCAAGUACAACAAUCGACCACGACGGCGUCCGCCACGACUCCCGCCAGUGUUCAGGUGAAGGAGAAGCAGGAGAACCACCACAGUCCGCAGAAGGAGGCGCCGGCGAGGGAGCAGCUCGACUGGGAGUCACGUGAACGGGAGAAAGAGGCCAAAGAGUUGCGUGACAACAGGAGGUCGUCCAAGGAGAUACACUUGAGUGAUCGCAAUCACGAGCAGUUGGUGACGCAGCAGGAGGACAAGCGAGUGAGCUUGCGGCGCGAUCGCGAGGCGAAAGAGGCUGUGUCCGGAGGCACGGGUGCCACAUCACCGACAUCUGUGGCCGUAUCGACGGCAUCCUCAUCGUCUCCCACCAUCCACAGCAAUGCGGCGAAUGGCAAUGCGACUGGCAACAGUAUUAAUCCCAUCACGAGCGUGGCAAAGCCUGGGAAUCGUGUGAAUAGUUCGUGUCUCAAUAACUUUAUCUCACCACUCUUGUCUGAAUUGCAGCGAAAGUAUCACUACUCGAGUCAAAAUCCGUCGGCGAUGGACGUGGUGGAUCUGAGGGCGGCAUUUGAGCUGGCCGAGCGCACCUGUCCCGGCGUGAGUGAUCUGUUCGUGAAGGAAAUCAUCCACAAGCUGGUCCCUGGCUUCUCGGAGACGCGAAUCAAUACGCUUAUGGACAAAGUUACGAGAGAGAGGAAAUAAUAGAAAAUGAAUCCGCACUGCAGAUUCACUGUAGAAAAUAGUUAAGUAUGAAUGGAAUUUAUUGUUAUACAUGUAAACUUUUAUUGCUGCUAAAACAGAGAGAGAGAGAGAGAAAGAGAAACAUGGUGACGAUGAUGAUGGUGAAAAACAAAAAUAUUUAAAAAGAAAAAAAAGAAGGAUUAUUUAGAUGAGAUGCAGUGAACCACAGAUGAAUUGUGGAGGAGUUUUGUGAAAAAUCUUUUUCUUCGCCUCGUGAGAGAGAGAUGUAUUUGAGGUGAAAAAGAGGAACCUAGAAUUUUUUGUGUGGUGAAGAGAUAAAAGGCAAUUGCAGAGACUAUAUAUAUAUAUAUAUAUUUUAUUGUUAAAAAGAGUAAAAAAAAAUAUUUUGUUUGAUGAAAAGUAGUAGAAGAAAAAAAGAGUCGUCAAAUGAGGAAAACCUUCCAGUAAUGCAGAAACUAUAUUAUUGAGACAUAGAGAGAGAAAGUGGAAAUAUUUCUAAUUAUUUUAUUGAUUGUUUUUAUUAGUUACUACAAAUACUAGUAGAGAAAGAGGGGAGAAAAUGAGGAAAAGCGACAAAAUGAGAAGAAAAAAUUGUAACAUUUGCGCGCAGAGAAGUGAAGAAGUGGAUUUUCUUCAUAAACUAGUUUUAUUGCUAUAUCACAUGCAGACAAGAAAAAAAAAGAGUUAUUAUUGUACAUAAUUUCCCUCCCUUUCUUUUGAGAAUGAUAAUGUUCUAUAUACUUUUUUUUGCUUUAACUAUUUAUUCAAUCCUCCAGAUUUAUUUUACAAGGAGCGUAAUAAUUUGUAUAUAUAGAGAGAAGAAAGUGGCGAGUUCAGCUCCAUUUUCAGUGCAAAUUUUCUCCUCAUUUUUGCCAUUUGAGCGCCAUGUACAUUCCCUAAAUUAUUGGUCCACAAACACUCUGCGGGGGCUCUUUUGGGGAGUGUCACGUGCACAGCGUGUGUGAAAAUUUGCCCGUGAAAGUUGAGGAAAGGGACAAGUUAAUGUUUUUUGAAUAAGAGUGAAAAAUACAAAAAAAAAAUAUUGUGUCUUGGUUUUCUUGCAAGAAAGUUGAUGUGACAAUUUUUCGGGUGUGCAAUUUCGCGAUGAUGAUGAAGAGAAUAAGACAAAUACCGUAGUUGUUUAAUUGACCCUUUUUAGAGGAUGGUUUUUUGAUUCAAAUUGGACUUCAAUGUGACAAUAGAGUUUAUUACUUGAUAAAAAAGAAGUAGAAUUGAUGAGAGGCGGGAUUGAAUCAAUUUUUCUCAAGAAUUAUGCGAGACAGACAUUAUUACAUAAAUUGCAUCUUCCAUGAAAUUCAAUUGAAGUGAGAGAGAGAGAGAGAGAGAUGUGAAGAAGGAAAAGAGACAUACGAUGAAAAAAUUUAACAAGUUGUAUAUGAGUAAAUGGUGAAAAUAUUGUGUAUUAAAAUUGACUGAUUAUAACAAGAUGAUGAAAAUAAGAGCUUUUAACUCCGUGUAAUAUUUGAUGAGGACAGAUAAAUUUACAUGUAUAAUUUAAUAACUUGAGUUCCUGGACACAAAUCUAAACACACAUAUUUUAAGUUUACUAUCUUAGAUGAAAGUGACGCGAAACAACAUUACAUUUUGCAGUUUGAUAGCAGUCAAAAAAAGAUGGAGAAAGAGAACAUGGAAAAUUAACAUGUGGUAGAAAGUGUUGUAAAUUGUUUUCCCCUGACCCUAAAAAUUGUUGGUUUGUAGUUAGAAUCGAAAAGAUAAAUUAUGAAGAGACAGAAGAGGAUAAAGUGAGAAAACAAGAGAAAAAAAAACACAUUAAGCUAAUAGUUUAAAUUGCAUAUAAAUUAAGAAUAAAACAAUUAUUUUAAUAUAAACAA